CGAGAGAGCGCGAGAAGAGGGAAGAGGAGAGAAAGAGACUGAGUACGAGGAAACGAGUAGAGGGACAAACGGGGGUGGAGCGGGGCAAUCACACGUGAAAAAGAGGAUGCGAGCGAGAGGGACGGAGGACCUGCGAAAACGAGAGCGUGGGAGAGGGAGAAUUCGCGAGAACGAGAGAAAAGGGAGUUGUGAAUUGUAAUAGAGAGACAGAGAGGGAAUUGCGCGUUGGCAGGUAGAAGUGAGGGGGAUGAUUUCCAGACAAGAGAGGGAAAGAGAUAGCGAGAAAAAGAGAGAGAGGGAAAACGCGUUUAUGGUGAGGAAGUGAAAGAGGGGAGCGAGAAUGAGAGAGAGAGAGAGAACGAGAGAGAGGGUCUGAAGAGAGUAAUCGACAGUGGAUCCGCGUUAGCUACCGAGGGAUGAAAGGCAGCAGCCUCCGUGAGGCUCGUGGCGCACAGGAAUAUCUCGCGCCUACGUUUCAAUCCGACAACGAGGACGUCAACGACGACGUGGACGAGGACGAGGACGAGGACAAGGACGUGAACGUGGACGUGGUCUUCAACGCAGAAUGAUGCUGCGCGACGAUCGAUGACGCGCUCGUGAGAAUUCGAUCGCGUCGAGAAGUGACAAGCCGGUGAAACCUGCGAAUAGUGGAUUCUGCGAAUGAUAAUAACGAUCUCGAGAGAUCUCGCGAUCCUGCGCUGCCAAUCGAUUUCAAGUUAUGACGAUGGACCGAGGUGUGUGCGAGUGAUAACUCCGGUCAACGACGCGACAAUCGGUCUAAUAAUCAUUCUGGUACCGGAUCAAGGAUGAGAUCGUUACGUGUGACGUGAUUUCCCUCGGAUGCGGCAGACUUAUUGCAGAAGCGGGAAAUGUUACCGUGGGACUUGUCCCGCGUAUUGGAUAACUCCGUGAGUGCGUGUUUGAGUAGAAUACAUUGCGUGUGGCAUGUAUACGGGGUCAAGGGUAGCGACAAGCAGGCAGGAAGGGUCGAUGGGCGCUCUUCCCUUCGUCUGUGAUUGCAGAACAGCAACGCUGGCGGCAUCGAGCCGGUUACAGGGAUGCCGAAGGGAUGCGAAAAUACCGCGAGAUGACGUUCUCCAUCGCGCUCGUCGUUCACUGACGCAAUCCCGGUCGGAUAACGAAGACGAUUGGUAGGAUGCUGCCGCGCGGGCUGCCGCUGAUCGUCCUUCUCUUCGUGCAGCUGCGUCAUCGUGUCAUCUGGGCUUCCCUAAAGAAUACCGGGAUGUCCGAUAGACUGGAGAACGUUACGCAGACAAUUUCGAGGAUACUCGAUGGCUACGAUAUCCGAUUAAGGCCGAACUUUGGCGGCGAUCCAUUGUUAGUUGGAAUGGAUCUCACCAUUGCGAGUUUCGACGCGAUCUCAGAAGUCAAUAUGGAUUACACAAUAACGAUGUAUUUAAAUCAAUAUUGGAAGGACGAGAGACUCGCCUUUUCACAUAAGAAUGAAGUGCUGACGUUAAGUGGCGAUUUCGCGGAAAAGAUUUGGGUACCGGACACAUUUUUCGCCAACGAUAAAAAUAGCUUUCUGCACGAUGUCACUGAGCGUAACAAACUCGUUAGAUUAUCUGGUGACGGCUCGAUCACAUACGGCAUGAGAUUCACAACGACCCUGGCCUGCAUGAUGGACCUGCAUUACUAUCCCCUCGACUCGCAAAAUUGCACGGUCGAAAUCGAAAGCUAUUAUUCUGAAUUACGCUGUUCUGAAUGCUCAGAUGGAUACACGGUGCUCGACGUAGUAAUGUUCUGGAAAGAAACUCCUGUUCGUGGAGUCGAGGAGGCAGAAUUACCGCAAUUUACAAUAAUCGGUUACGAGACCAACGAUCGAAAGGAGAAGUUGGCAACGGGCAUCUACCAGAGGCUCUCGCUAAGCUUCAAGCUCCAGAGAAACAUCGGAUAUUUCGUUUUUCAAACGUACCUGCCAAGUAUUCUAAUCGUGAUGCUCAGCUGGGUUAGCUUCUGGAUCAAUCACGAAGCUACCAGCGCGAGAGUAGCCCUCGGCAUCACGACUGUAUUGACCAUGACAACAAUAUCGACGGGUGUUAGAAGCUCACUGCCACGGAUCAGUUACGUGAAAGCUAUCGACAUCUACCUGGUGAUGUGCUUUGUUUUCGUGUUCGCGGCUUUACUGGAAUAUGCGGCGGUCAAUUAUACGUAUUGGGGCGCCAGAGCGAAGAAGAAACCCAAGAAGAAAGAUACCGACGAGAAAAAAAUACUAUGUUCUAAGACAGGGAGCAAAGCCAGCUCACCUUUCCCUGGCUCCACGGACGCGGAUAUCAUUGAGCUUCAGGACCUCAGAAUGUCGCCUCUACCGAGCAUUAGAAAUAGGUCAGGCUUAGUCAGCACUUCAUUGGGAGUCGGAAAGGAUCAUGAUCCGGCCAAGUUUCCGCCGAGUUUUCGCAUUUCCAGAUCUGCCGCUUACAAUACGUACGGACGAAACAGCGGUCUCAGGUACAGAGGUCCGAGACCGCACAAGCCAAAGAUGUUACACGCUCUACGUAGAGGAGCUUCUGUGUUACGUGUGUCGAUGCCAAAGAUCAAGGACGUAAACGUGAUAGACAAGUAUUCGCGGAUCAUCUUCCCGGUCAGCUUUAUGCUGUUUAACGCCGUGUAUUGGACCUUCUACUUCUUUUGAGCGGCGAACAGAUAAUUAGAAAUCGAAUAUCGCUCAGCCUCGUAUACGCCUAAAAAGGACCAAUCAAUUCGGGAAGAUCCUUUCAAGUUUUCUAACAUGACCAUCGAACAAUGUGCAAUAUUUUUCACGAGGACGAAGGUCCACCGAAUACCAGCAGGUGAUGAAAGUACUGAAUCGAAAGUACUGCCAUGAAACAUUUAUUGAUAAAAAAGUAGAACAGCGGAGGACUUGUGUGUGCCAACAGCAUUUACGAGAUUUUAUUAAUUAGAAAGUAUAAGCAAUAAUUAAGCAAUACGAAUGAGCGACAAUAUGUUCCUAAUGAAGCAUGAUGCUUUGUCAUGUUCGAGAAGGGUCAAUAAAUAGGCACUUGAAUGACAUUUGCGGUGAUAUCGAGAAACGACAUGCAUAGGAGUAAGAUAUUUGUGCUCGUGAUGAUAAAAGUGAUCUAAGUCAUACAUUUUAUUCUCGAAAUAAAAUGUUUUUAUAUUAAAAAGAUUUUUCUUUCUUUAGAUCGAGAAAUAUUACUUAAUGAUUUAACAAAAUAUAAAAAGUAUAUUUCUCUGUCAAUUUUUUCUGCAACGACAUAGUUUUAAUUAUAUAAAACCGAAUAUAUUAUUUUUUAUUUGUGACUUGAUUUACUUUUAUAAUUAUCAUUAUGCAAAAUAGUUCUCCGGCACUCAAUUGCACAAAGUAGAUUUAAGAUCGACUGUCAUAAGCGCGAAAUUAACGGGUCAAAUUAUAAGUUUAAAUUUAAAUAAAAUAACGCAACUAAUAAAAUUGAAACAAGAUAUCGACGUAAUACAUUAUGAUUUAAAGAAAUGCAAUACAUAAACAGGUAGACAAUUAAACGUCAUUUUUUCUAUACAUUAUAUAAUUGUUUUUAUAAUUGUCAUUUUUAAUCAUACAAUUUACGGUAUAGAUUAUCAGAUACCAUUACGUACACAAACUUGAAAGAUAUUUUUCUUAAAAAUGUGCAAUAAAAUGUUCGAAGAGUAUUAUGUAGAGAGAGUACAUUUGUGGCUUAACGACAAUUUCUAAAUAUAAUUUUAAGAAAUAAAUAUAAAGCUAUAAAAUAAUGAAUAAAUAUGUAUAAUAAUCUGGGCGAUUAAAUUGCGAAUAGAUUUACAGAUACACAAAAAUUUGCUUUCGUUAUUUUACAGUGAGGCGUAUCUGCCAUUUCGAGAAAUCUUCAUUUUUAGGAGUAAUAGUACUUCUUAGACAUAGAAACAUAUAAAAUAGAGGAUAUUCUCUAUUAACUAUUGGCUAAGACACAAUGAAUUAUGGCGUGAGAACAAACUUUUGUUUAAUAAUUAU